AAAACUGGUGUAAGAACAAUGACAACAAAAUCAAACGGCGCAAUUGAGUUAUUAAACAAAAUCAAGGGCCAAAAACGUAGAUUAUAUCUCGAAGACUUUUACUACUCGUACAAAUGUUCCAAAAUUGGCUCUGAGGCAAAACCGCGCGAUUCCAGUGGUAAUUUUGAGGAUGUUAAACCGAAAGUGGAGGAUUUGGAGACUGAAACGGAUCAGAAACCGGUCUACCGGCACAAUACCCGUCGCAAAUUGCCCUACAACGACUCCGAGAAGAAAUACGUUUGCAAUAGUUGCACUUUUCGGAGCAAAUACCGGAAAAGUCUCACCGAACACAUCCUUCUUCACAAGUCACGUGACGAGACCCCCAUCUACCAUUGCGGCGAAUGCUCGUAUGAAACCAAACGAAAACACUACUUACGCAAACACAGUCUGAUCCACAAGUCGAGCAACCAAUUAGAAAUGCACAAGUGUCCCGAAUGUGACUUUGCUACGAAACGCAAAGAUGGCUUACAGAGACAUCUACUGUUGAUACAUAACCACAAUUCUGAAGCUUUGAUAUAUAAGUGUCCCGAAUGUAGCUACCAGACCAAAUUGAGCUAUAGUCUCACCUCGCAUAUGCUCGUACAUAAAACUUCCGAUGAUUUUUACAAAUAUAAAUGUUCGGAAUGUCCAUACAAAACCAAAGAAAAACGCUCGUUGUUCAAACACUCCCUGAGCCAUAAAAGCAAAGAUGAGAUACAUACAUACAAGUGUCCGCAAUGUCCGUUCGAGACGCGCCGCAAAGCCAGUUUGAGUAAACACAUGGCGGUGAUUCCCGGCGAGGAAUUCGGGGAAACCCACAAAUGUACAGUUUGUGUGUUUGAAACGACACGCAAGAAGUGUCUAAGGAGCCACAUGCUGUCGCACCGAAAUGCCAAUAAGGCUUACAAAUGCCCAUAUUGUCUCUACGAACACACCAAGAAGAAGAAACUAACACGCCAUAUAUCUGUCCAUAAUGAUGGGGAAGACUCCUAUAAGUAUAGAUGUCAGGAGUGUCCCUUUAAGACAAAAUGGGUGGAUGCACUCAAUACACACAAGUUGAGACAUGUCAAAGAGGAAGAUGGCGGCAUUUUUAAAUGUAUGGUGUGUUCGUAUAAUGCCAGGAACAAGGCACACUUGACCAGACAUUUGAAAAUGCAUAAGAGGGAUAGUGGGGGAAUUUAGGGGUUUUAGUUUUUAUAGGUUAUUUAACUGUGAUAUUGCGAGUCAAAGUCCCUAUUAGGGUGUGUAGAUUGUGUACCUUGAGCUAAAUAAAAAGAUGUGCAUGCCA